GUCACAUAUUUCCCCAAAAUUUGACCAAAAGUAGAAUUUCAAUCACUUCAAGUAAUACCUUUUCUGAAACUGUUAACAUAUUUCUUUCAAUAAAUCCAAUGAAAAUCAUAUGUCUUUCAUCUCAUUUUUUUGUAAAAUUGCGUCAAAAACUUCGUGUAGAAAAAAAGUGUUUGUAAACAUUACAUUAAUUUCUGGACCGAUGACCGGUCUAGCUAUGAAAAUACGGAGAGUCAAACAGAAAAUAGCCCAUAAAACAUGUAAAAAAUAAUCUUGAUGUUCUUAUAAACCACCUUUGAAGGCUAAACUAGUACUCAGCUGUCUAAAAAUGAAUUUUAUUACACAAUAACUUUCAUAUUUGAAAAAUCCACCGGGGCCAAAAUGCGAAACCAAACUCCUAACUGUGUAUUGCUACCUUAUACCAUAGAAAGUAACAUAACAAUCGACAACGGAAACGAUGGCUGGACACUUGGAAAUGUUAGACAGGCCAUACAACGAGCAAUAUCGAUCCAAGAAGCCAGUACUAAUGGGACUGAAGAAAGUAUAAUCCUUUUCAUGUAGGACUAGGUAAGAGAAAUAGUACAAUGAAUAUCUCAAACAAACCAACAACUGCCAACUUUUCCCAAAGUAAAAGGUACAUUUAUUGCAAUGAUCAAAAUUUCGCCGCGGAAUGUAAAAAGUUCACGUAUAGUAAAUCAAGAAUGAAAAGUGUAAAGAAGAGAAAUCUGUGUUUCAAUUAUUUUGGUAACCAUGAUAUAUCAGAGUGUCGAUCAAAAACACAUACGAUUAAUGUAACCGUACGCACCACACAGUGUGUGUAAUGAAUCAUCCAGUCAACAAUCACAUAGUCAACAUAUAAGUAAUAGAGAAAAUAGCAAACCGAUCAUGCAUACCUCUGCUAUUCAGCAUAAUUUGACCGUCUAAUUGAAAACCGCAGUAGCUCCCAUAUGCUCACAGAAUCGGUGCAAUGACGCUAAUGUAAUUUUUGACGAAGGAGCGCAACGAUCUUUUAUGACACAGGAAAUAGCCGACAAGUUGAACUUCAAGCCAGACGGAAAGGAAACCCUCAAUAUAGCCACCUUUGGAGAUUCAGACAAGAAUUUUCGCUAAAUGAAUAAGGCCAUAGUAUACUUAGACUUGGCAGAGAAAAUACUUUACCGGUAUUGAUUGUACCUACCAUUGCAGCGCCGAUCCAGAAUAUUCACCGGUAGCUGGGAACAAUUUCAAACGCAUCUUGAAUCAGUGGUAAUUUUAUCUGUGAUUCAUGGACUUUAAAGUUUCAGUAAUGUUAUUUCUUUUUCAUUUCACAGACGAUUUUCUUAAUUUCGAUACAUUGACUUUGAAACUUUAAUUGCAUUAACUCGCGGCCCCGUGUAUGUUGAGGAUAAAUAGAUACUUGCAUACAUUGUAGUACCGCGGGAUAUAUACAUGUACUUAUACACGUUGGCACAGUCUUUGUAACGUUAUGGUAUCUAUGUGUAAACGUCAUAUUGUCAUCCAUCAUAAAAUUGUUUAUUUGUACAGACGUCCUUUUCUACUUCGUAUAUAUACACAACGCAUUCUACCCUGUAGGAGCACGAGAGGGCUCUAAUUAAAAGGCAAGAAAUGCUGCUGCAAAAUUAAAAGGCAAGGGCCACCUCAGAAUAACCGAUUCCGGCUUUCGACAAAACAAGAAAUUUGGCGGGAUUUAUGAAAAAUUAAAAAAGAUGCUCGUUAAAAUUGUUUUAUUAUUACUUCCAUUGGCUUACGAAACUACUCCUGUACCUCCAAGACCGUUGGGAUUUAUUUAUGAACCACAAAGCAGCAGUGUUGCACCAGUCGAAUUUGAUGUCUACAUGGGACCUCUUUGUCCGGACAGUAAAGCUGCAUUACCAACCUUAGUAAAACUUGCAGACCAUUACGGACCAGAAAAGUUGAGAUUCCGCAUGCAUCUGUUUCCUUUACCGUAUCAUAGAAACGCUUUCCUUGUUGCUAUGGGAACCCAUUCAGUAGACAAGAUGACCAACGGAAAUAUGACAUUUAUCUGGUCACAAAAUGUAUACAGUCAUCUUGAUAUAUUUUAUGAUAAGACACUUACCGAGGACCAAGUUAUAUCGAAAAUGGUAGAGCUAGCAAAGAGCAUGGGAUUGCCAGAAGUUAAAUUCAAACAGCUGGCAACAAAUAGUCGAAUCAAUCACGAGUGUCGAGUCGAAUGGAAACAUGGUUGUUCGAGGGGAGUAACUUCAACUCCGACGUUUAUGAUAAAUGACAUUAUAGUGGCAGAAGACGACCAAGCUAACAGGUCUGAAGCUGACUGGAUUAGAAUUAUCGACCCAAUACUUAACCAAGUGUAAAAGGUGCAGUCGAAAAUUGCGAUGGAGAAUAACAAAAUCUUCUUCAUGCAUUGUUGUACUAAUAUCUACAUGUAUUAAAUAGUUGAAAAUCUUA